GAUAAGUCAGAGGACGGGGAAAGGGAGCAGAUCUUCAAGAAGAAUAUGUUGCGAGUGUUUGAGCACAACGUGGACGCCAUGAACGGCAAGUCCUCAUACACGGCACACAUCAACCAAUUCGCGGACAUGACUGAGAAGGAGAUCAUCGCUCAGUUCACGGGCUUUCGGAUGACAAACGAAGAGAAGAAGCGCAUGAAUGGGACGGUCAGUGGGGGGCACAAGAAGGGCCGGAAAGGGAGGAAAGGGAAGAAAGGAAAGGGCGACAAAGAUCAGAAUCUGAAGGACGACAACAGUUGGUCAUAUGACUGGCGAUCGGUGGGAGUGAUCGGACCCGUCCAGCAUCAGGGUCAGUGCGGUUCGUGCACUCUAUUCGCAACGGCAGCACUCGUGGAGAGCUAUUGGGCGCGAAAAGGAAACGGAAUCAGACCUCUGAGUCCGCAACAGAUGCUCGACUGCGCUCUCGACUACGAUGUGUGCCCAGUUGGUUCACCCUUUGAGCCCGUCUUCAACUAUGUGAAGGAUAGGGGACUCACCUCUUGGGACGAAUAUCCCUACCAGGCUCGGAAAAAUGGGUGCGAUAGGGACCGGGAGGGCCGGACUGCGGCCCGAAUAAACGAAUGGAGAUGGGUGGCG